AUGGGAAAUAAGCUUGGGAAGAGGCGAUACGUGGUGGAUGAGAAGUAUACGAGGCCGCAGGGCCUGUACGAGCACAUGGACGUUGAUCGCAAGAAGCUGCGGAAGCUGAUCCUCGACUCUAAACUGGCGCCCUGCUAUCCAGGGGACGAAGAAAGCACUCUUGACCUCGAAGAGUGCCCCAUCUGCUUCUUGGUCAGUAUUCCCAGCCGUGGCACCCAACCUCCUCCAUCACGAGUUCUCGCUCUGUGAUGCGUUGGUAGUACUUCUGGUCUGUAGUCAUUCAGGUGUUCAUUUGCUUUAGUCAUCUCCUUUUUCUGGACAUGAUUGAUUGAGCUUCCCAUUUUAGCUGUCAGACUAACCAUUUUCGUCUUUCUCUUCCUUCUUAAUCUUCAAGUAUUAUCCAAGCCUCAAUCGUUCGAGGUGCUGUAUGAAAGGAAUCUGUACAGGUACCCAUUUUACGCUUUAGCCAAGGGAUCUUCUUCGUUUUUCUUUCCUUCCAUUGAUUCCUAAAUGCUCCCUCUCAUUUGCAGAAUGCUUCCUGCAGAUGAAGCCGCCGCAUUCCACUUGCCCUACAUCGUAUCCUUCUCUUUUGGGGAUAUUGGGUCGGAAAGAAAACUGCUAUCUUUUUUAUUACCCAGGCAACAUUUUCCAUAACUCUGUGGUUUCCCUUAACAUCGAACAAGGUGCCCUUUCUGUAAAACCUCUAACUAUGCUGUGGAGUACCGCGGCAUGAGGACGAAAGAGGAAAGAGGGUUGGAAGAGAUGGUGAGCCUCCCACAUAUAUCCUCCUCUGCCGUUUGGAAUGGGAGACCCCUCUGUUGCUCUUGCCACCCAGUUCAGGGAAUGAUCCCCACAAUGUUCUUGGUUUCUCUGAACAACCCAGGAGGAACAGAAGGUUUUAGAGGCGAAAAUUAGGAUGCAGCAGCAGGAGCGGAAGGAUGAAGAAGAAAGAUUACGGAAAAGGCAAAGCCUUUGCUCAUCAAACAGAGGAGAGGUUCCUGGAGAAGUAGAAUCUUGUGAGAUGCCGAGUAGCCCAAUUCCAGGUGUGCUAUCUGACUGCUCUUCUCUUUUGGUUCAUUUGUAAGCAUAUUAAGGCUGCACUGCUUUGUAUGUCACAGAGCCAUCUUUUGCGUAUGCUAUCCAGCAAGGUGAAGUGUUUGUCUCAUGUGAAGUCCCGUGCCCCCCCUCGGCUGUGAAUUGGCCAUCGCACUCCAGACAGAACAGGUGGGUCAAAGUUUACUCCCACGCCCAUUAAUUUGCUUUGAUGAUUCUGAUGCUUAUCUUGCUCCACUGGCGCAAUGUGCAUUUUUUUUCUUUUCUGAAUGUGCCUGACGUGCCCUUCAAAAAAGGAAUAUUUUUGCGAAACCGGAUUGUCCUUUCCCUCGGAGCGAUUGACUUUUUCAUGAUGUGAUAAUUAUUAAUUAAUUAUGUUGUCAUUUAGGAGUGAUGUUUGAUGAUUUCAUAUGCCAGGGAAAGGAUUCCAAAAAUAGGCCUGAUUUGACUUGAAUCUCUUGACGAAAUGACUGGAAUCAUGGUCAAAUAAUGGUCAAAUGAUGAUUCUAUGAAGCAUUCGGCUGUUCCUUCCCAUUUGGUACUCUUCUGCUGUUCGAUCUCACCUUUUUGGGUAUGUCUGAUAUGAACCUAAGUCGAGUUAUCAAAGUAGGAAAAAAAGGAUUCAUGAGAAAAUCCCCAUUUUCUAGCAUCAGAUGUCGGCAAUGAUCCAUGAGAAAAUCCUGUUUCUUCUCAUUGAUUACCCCCAAUACUCAUCUGCAUAGCUUACCAGCUCUUCCUCUGAAGCCGUUGGGAGGAAAAUAGCAGACACAUAUUAAAUGAUCGAUUGAGACCAAUUAAUUGAUGUAAAAUACUUGCCCUCAUCUUCAAAUCUUCCAUAGAAAGCCUUUCUAGCUGGCCAGCUCUUGCCCUGGCUGAAAAGCAUCAUCCAAGGAGACUGAGUGCGCCACCCCGAGGAGCAUCACCCAAACUGGUUUCCUGUUAAUUAUGAAGAUCACUGAGGAAGAAAGCUAGGUCACGCCCUGCUACACGAACAGGUGCUGGAUAGCCUUCCCAUUUCUGUGGAUGGGAAUGAUCUUGACCAGCUUGAUGUGGACUUACCAUUUUAGUCUGUGUCUUUGCUUCCUUCUUGUACAACAUGGGAAACGUAUAUGUACCUAACAACCUCAUGGACUGCCUCUGAAAGUGGAUUUCAUGUUGACUUUUUUUUUCUUUCUUUCUUUCUGAGAGAAGCUGCAUUGGGCUGACCUUUAAUCACCUUAACUAUGAAUUAUAAUUACCACCCGCGACCAGUUUUUUUUUUUUUUUUUUUUCAUUUCAUUUGAUUGAUGCCCCGUCUGAAAGUGGUUCAUUAUGGAAUUGCGUCAAGUGCAGGUAUGAAGAUCUUGGGAUGGAUCUUGAGAACACGAUGACUACAGAAGCACUCUGGCACGGCUCGCAGGUACGCCACGAGUUUCAUUUAUUUGUCAGAGGAUUGUCUGGAUUUAAAAACAAAAAUAAACUGUCAGGAGUGCAGUGAUUAAGAAAUAGGUUGAUUUGGUGUUUUCUACUAUGGGGCUAGGUUUGAUGGAUCAAAACAAUGAUUUUUACCCUGUUUUCCACCAUUGGAACAUCAUGAGAAUUGAGAAAAAACUCAUUUUAGGUCAUGCACUCAGAACCCCUCUCUCUCUCUCUCUCUCUCUCUCUCUCUCUCUCUCUCUCUCUCUCUCUCUCUCUCUCUCUCUCUCUCUCUCCUACUAUAUCUGUGUGUAGAUAAAGUCAUAUACGUGAUUUUUUUUUUUCCCUUUUGUUUUUUCUAUGAUUAGUGAAUGACGUCGUCGGUGUGUGUGGUUUCUUGACCAUCAGAUGGAGGCGACUCAGGAGAUGAUUCCGCCGUGCGGCGGCGGGAUGCCGUCACAGACCCCCCUGGCGGCGGCGGAGUAUUUCUACGCGCCGCCACAUGCGGUUAUGGACGCCUCCUCUCCAUGUUCGCCGUCUACUAGUGGGCUCCCAUGCGCCAUCGCCAUCGGUCCCCCCGCCGAGCGGAACCUAGCUGUUGGCGUGUACUUACCGCCGCCGCCGUAUGGCUGGAUGGUCGAAUGGCCCGGCGGGGGAGUAGCGACGCCGCUGCAGAGGGGGGAGAGUACUUGGGGCUUGGACAACGGGUGCUACUCCGGCGUGGCGACGGAUUAUCGUCUUCCGGAGAACUUGGAGGAGCAGAUGAUGCUGGCCAUGGCGGUGUCGCUGACGGAGGCCCGAGGGAGGAGCAACUCGAGCUCGCAGGAGGGGACGGCUUGGCUGAUGUAG